CUCUGUAUUGUUGUUGUUUAUGUUAAGUUUUGAGCGCGGGAGAAUGAGUUGCAGUGUAUGGGUAAGGGGAUGAUAAUGAAUGACAGCUGACACUGUAUCAACGUUUUGUAAUAGUGACACCGAAAUGUUUGAAAUUACGUGCAGUACUACUCUCUUUACUGUUGGGACCUUUCCCAUGGUUUUCGUCUUGGAGGAAAAUGAUGAAAACAAAAUUAUCGCCCAAAUGAUCCAGUUUGAGAUUGUCAAACAAGUGAUCUGGAGGUAGAGUAAAGAUGUAUGGCCAGUGGGUAUAGAUGCUGUAUGAGGAGAUCCCAUGUGCAUGGUGGUGGGUGCGUAGCUUCUUUAAGAGGACCAUAUGGCAUUUGCCUAUCAUCUCCUGAAAAUUUGCUGUUGUUACAAAAUGAAGCAGUUUUCUCCACUGAAUUCAUCAAGGACUGCUGUAUAGCCAAUAGGAUUUUGGAUAUAAAUCAGUACAGGUUAGGUGGUCCUUCCAGUUAUCCUGAUAACUUCAAUGCUAUGAAGGUGCUCCUGAGGCAGUCUCACUGGCCAACACCUGCAGAAAGGGAUGAAAAUGACUCAGCUAAUACUGAUAGGCACUCAGAUUCUGAUACUACUGUGGAGUCUCAGAAUUCUAGAAGAAACAUGAGUUCACAUAGAAGCAGAACAUUCUCUGGAAAUGAAGAGAGAAAAAUUCUUCGUUGCAUUGUAGAGAACAAGGGGAUUGGUCUCAUUUUGGGAAAUACUCUUUGGAAGAAAAUUGCACAAAAAAAGCUGCAGGGUCGAACAUGGCAGUCACUGAAGAAGCAUUUUCUGAAACACAUGUUGCCCAAUAUUACAAAGUAUACAUUUUUGUCUGUAACGGACAGACUUGAGUUCCAGAAACACCUGCAUAAACCAGCAGAAAGUGGUGGUACUGAAAGUUCUUCAAGGGCUAUCAGCCAGAAACAUGUGGAGGAACUUAGAUCAAGUAGAUUGCUCAGCCCCUGUGGAUCUUCUGCAAGUACUGGUGCCAGCAGUCUUGAAAGGGGCAGUGGUCAGAGGCUCCCAGAGAAACGUAAACCAUUCAGAAUCAUCAGAUUCCGUGAAUCUUCUGAAAGUGACAGUGAUGGUUGUCCAGGAAAUACAGACGAUCAGAGACUUCAAGAUAUAUGUCGGGUAAAUAGAUCUACCAGCUCACGGGUAUGUCAUGAGAACGAAGGUGGCAGAUGUCCCGGGAAACAGGAUGACCUGCAGCACCUAGAGAAAAACAAAGAACAUACCAUACAAAGGCGGCAGUUGGUCAUUAACAGUUCUGAUGAGAUGAAUUCAGGUACUGAGGAGCAUCAUAGAGCUCCAGUUGUACAAAGAACAAAUAGAGAUCAGAGAAAAUCUCAAGAUAGUUCUUCAUCUGAUGACUGGUUUGCGGCAACGACUGCAGAACGACAGAACGUGAAUGUCAAAGCCACCAGUCAGAAGUCUAAGAAGUUGAGGAAAAGACAUAGGGAAGAAUUUACAAUGGAAGAAGAAUAUGCCAUAGUCACAUACCUCCAGAAGCAUAACAGGUUUAGUAAUACUGGAGGCAACGUUGUAUGGAAGAAUAUGGCAGCAACAGAGCCAGUGGGAAAUCGUCAUACAUGGCAUUCGCUGAGGGAACGGUACCUGAAGAAGAUUGUGCCAAAUAUUAAUAAAUACAAUUUGCCAGAAGAAAUAGUGAGACGUAUUAAAGAACUGCUACCAACGGCUUUUGUUUGUCUUCAAGAAGUUAGUGACAAAUUUGGUCCUUGAACCCAUCAAGGUAUAAGCCAAUUAAUGGAACGACAUCAGAAUGUGCACACAACAACCACAAAAUCUGGAAAGCUCACAAAAGAAACUGGCUCAUGGUGUGGGCGAAACUGUCCCUCCAUGUAGGGAUUGGCAGAAAUUCCACCAUAAUGUCAAAAGGAUCACAACCAGUAGCAAAAAAAGUGGGCAAACACAGUCUGUUUGCGUGACCUACACUUACUGCAUACAGCAUAAUGACUUUCAUUUCCCAUGUAAGAGAAUAGGCAGAAUUUGCCAGAGGAACCAAAAUCAUGCAGAGGUCAGGAUAAAAACUGUUAUAUCCAGCUCAUGUGAAAGUGCAUUGUUAAUAAUUGUAAAAUUCCACUUGUGUAUUAUUAUAAAGUUUUCAGACAUAUGUGGUACAUUAGGAAGAUUUGCUGAUUUUUGUCUCCUUGCAAUUUUAACAUUGUUUUGAGAGCAUUUAUGCUUCUUUAAAUUUAUUUAAGCUGUAUUUAUUUAUUAUUUAAUUUGUUAAAAAUUUGUUAUUUAAAAUUGGUUUUUUUGUAUUUAUGCCUUUGUAAAUUUCCUUUCAACGUA